CAAGUCAAGGUCCACGGAGAGUUUAGCUCCGCCGGAGAAGACGCGCCCACUCUUGGUUACGCUGCACAUUUCUUGGGAGAGAAACCUGCUCGGAUCCGGACUUGGCUGCGCAUCCAGAGGAGGAGGUGGUGCGAGGGGGCUUUCAUGGGAAAUAUACGGAUAUUCCUCUCGUAGCAAUUCGAUAAGUAGUCGUUUAAUGAUGGCUCUCCACAAGAUUUUCCGGGCUGUCAUCAUGGGGCCUCCGGGAUCGGGGAAAGGAACAGUGUCCGCGCGCAUAACCAAAAGUUUUGUACUGAAGCACCUCUCAAGUGGGGACAUCCUGAGAUGCAACAUCAACGCUCAAACUGAGCUCGGCCUGUUGUUGAAGUCCUGCAUCGAUCAGGGUCAGCUCGUACCCGAUGACGUCAUGUCUCGUCUCAUCCUGAGUGACCUGAGAGCCAUGGGCCAGAGCAGCUGGCUGCUUGAUGGUUUCCCUCGCACGGUGUCCCAGGCGGAGACGCUGGACGAUGCCUACAGUGUGGACACAGUCAUCAACCUCAACGUUCCUUUCCAGACCAUCAAACAGAGGCUGACCUCUCGCUGGACUCACCUUCCCAGCGGCAGAGUCUACAACAUAGAUUUCAAUCCGCCCAAAGUCCCUGGUUUGGAUGACGUCACAGGAGAGCCUCUGGUCCAGAGGGACGAUGACACACCAGAGACAGUAACACGGAGACUGAAGUCCUAUGAAACCCUGACAGAGCCUGUGUUAGAGUACUACAGGAGUAAAGGUGUGCUUGAGACCUUCUCUGGGACAGAAACCAACAAAAUCUGGCCACAUGUCAAAGAGUUCCUCCACAGAAAACUUCCCUCCAUCCAUCGGGAAGCUGCUUAAAAAACCUGAAUAGAAAAGACCCAGAAAGUCUUAAAGUUUACCAGCAGGAAAACAAGAGAAACAUAUCAUCUGUGUGGUAAUAUAAUCUGAUGAGAGCAGUUUAUGACCGGUAGGAAAGCGUCCGACUCCAGAGGUCGUUGGGAAAACUCCAUGUUGCACUGUUUAUACAAUGUUGCUGAAAGUAGCUCGACGGACUCUCAGGACGUAAAAUCCUUCAAGCGUUAGUUGUUAGAAUUCACCCAGAUUGUAUCUCUUCUAUAAUGUGCCUUUAAUUAAGACAGAAGACACAGAGUCAAAUGUCUAGAUCCUUCACAAGAGACAUUGCAAUAUGAUUAUGGGGAACAUUUGUCAAUGUUAAGUCUAUCCUCUGUGUGUGAAGAUACAGUAUGUUCACAUUUAUAACUUCAAGGUUUCCAUAAUACGACUGUGACUUCUGUUCUUUGUUGAGAAUAUUGUAGACGUAACAAAGGUGUUUAUAUCUUCCUCAUUGAGACCGUUUCUUAUGCAGUGGGUAAUUUGCCCUAAAAGGGAAAUGUGCCAUGCUCUUCUACAAAUUCAAUGCACUCAAGUGCCUUUAGCUGCUUUUGGAAAACGUACCAGUGAAUGUAGUUAAGAGUAAAUACUUAUCAUGAAUACAAGCUGAACUGACUAUUUAAAAUAAUUUAAUUUAACCUUUCAACCACCCAAAGUCUUAAAUAUCCUCUUAUAUAACCUGAUCAAGCCUGUUCAAUGUGACUUGAGGAGUAAGAACCCUUAUUGAAAAGGGACUGUUUAUCCACAGUCCUGUUUCACUGCACUUUGGUCUAACAACUGUUUCACCGUGUUAAGAGCCACAGCAAUGUUAACCUGCCUUGUUUCAUGAAUUGUACUGUAAACACUUGAAUAAAGCAUAUCUCCUCUUCAUA